AUGGCUGAUAUUGCACCGAAUCAUACACUUUAUAUUAAUAAUUUAAAUGAAAAGCUGAAAAAAGAAAAACUCAAAGAAGCAUUAUUUGCUAUUUUCACACAGUUUGGAGAUAUAAUUGAUAUAUUGGCAUUUAGAAAUAUUCGUAUGAAAGGACAGGCACACAUCAUUUUUAAAGAUGUUUCUUCAGCUACACGAGCACUUAGAGCUAUGCAAGGAUUUCCAUUUUUUGAUAAACCAAUGCGUAUACAAUAUGCAAGAUGUGAUUCAGAUGUAAUUGCAAAAGCAAAAGGUACAUAUGUAAAAAGAGAAAAAAAACCAUUUAUUCCAUUACCUAAGAAACGUAAACCUCAAAAUGCUUCAGGGAUAUCUUCUGAAGGUGGUGCAGUAAACAAUUCAAACGUACCUCAUAAAAUAUUAUUCUGUACAAAUCUUCCUGAGGAAACAACAAGUGAUCUCCUAGCAUCUGUGUUUAGUCAAUUUUCAGGUCUUAAAGAAAUUCGUAUGGUCCCGAAUCGUACGGAUAUUGCUUUUGUUGAAUAUAAUACUGAAGAAGAGGCUACUACAGCGAAAAAAGCACUACACAAUUUCAAAAUAACCGCUACACAUGCAAUGAAAGUUGAAUACGCCAACAAGUAA